AUCCAUAUAAAAACUAGUUGUCAGUUUACAGACCGAGUUUUAUAGGGAGCACGAGGGUGGAAGGAAGAAUAGUUGAUCUUAGAUGUAUUAAAAAGGUGAUUGUUUAAUUUUUACAAACUUUUAUGAGUCAGCAAUGGAUUCUGUGGAAAUAAACCAGUGGUCCCGUACAGUCUCACUCAAAGUCCCUUGAAAUUUCCUCUUCUCUUUACGUGUAUUUGCUCAUAUAUAUAUGAACAAGGGACUUGUUGUUUCCUCAACCACUCUCAUACUUUUUUUUUUUUUUUGAAACUUAACCACUCUCAUACUUUCUUCAAACUUAAUUUUUUUGCUCUAUGUCUCUCAUGGCGACUUCUUCUUCUUCCUUGCCUCAUGUUGUCUUCCCGAGCUUCCACGGGCCAGAUGUUCGUAGUGGAAUCCUCAGUCAUUUACGCAAUGUCUUUGCAAGGAAAGGAAUCACGAUGUUCAAUGAUAAUGACAUCGAAAGAGGCCAUACGAUUGGAUCUAAACUCGUGGAAGCCAUUACAAAAGCGGAAGUGUCAAUUGUUUUGCUCUCGAAGAAUUACGCUUCUUCAAUAUGGUGUUUAGGUGAAUUGCUUGAAAUCUUGAAGUGCAAAGAAGCUUCGGAGCUGAUCGUGAUACCGAUUUUCUAUGACGUUGAUCCGUCGGAUGUACGGAUUCAGACGGGAGACUUUGGCAUCGCAUUCAAGAAAACAUGUGAAGGUGUAACAGAGAAACAGAAGCAGAGAUGGAUCCAAGCUUUGACACGUGUAGCAAACAUAGCUGGAGAACACUCGCGUAUCUGGACUGAUGAAGCUGCGAUGCUCGAAAAAAUUUCCAGUCAUGUGUUGAAACAACUGAAAGUGAAAAAGCUAUGGGAAGAAUUUAGGAUUCGUGAUGUAGACCAAAAUCAUUACAUAACUGUACAAGAGCUUCACUAUGCGAUGACUCAGUUGUGGAGUUUCAAUAAUUUAAUAAUUUUCUAUUUUUUUCCUUCGUUAGGGAUAUUAUAGAAAAAGUUGUGAUGAUCGGAAAUUUUCCCACUGAUGUUACACUGGAAUGGGAGGAAAAGAAAGAAAUGAAUCACACUUAUAGACCUA